UGCCUGGGAACUCCAACUCAGACUCCAACUCCGUAGACGAUUCUCCCAACAAGGCGCUUUUCGACGUUGAAUGACGAGCACACAGAACAGAAUGAGGGCCAUACAACGCAGCCUCCCUGCCAAAGCGACCACAUGCCUCUACCGGAGGUGUGCCUUCCGAGCAGUGCCUUCGAGGCCAUUCGCUUCCGUCGCUCCAGACAUCGGACUCUGGCCACCACGCACGGCCCCAGCAACGUCAACCUUCCAAAACCUCUGGAAUGGACUGCUAUCGGCGGUCGCGCAACCUGACGACCCGGCGACUGUGUACCGGAAGAAGUAUGCCGAGAAACUCAAGCGGGUUGCCGAGAGCGAAGGAGCCGCCACCGUCGACGAACUCCUCCAAAAGCGCAAAUCUCCCCCAACCCCGCCCCCAUCCCCAUCACAACCGCCCACCAAAAAAUCUAAACCUACAACAGCAGCACCAGCAAAACGAAAAGGCGACCUCCCACCGCACGUCAAAACCCUCGACCAGAUCGUCAACAUUGAGAAACUGGCGCAGGAGGACGGGAAGGUCAUUGGCGAUAUUUGGAACAAGUUCCAUGCUGCACGCAAGUGUUUGAGUGGGAGUAUGACUGGGGGCUUUUAUGAGAAGUUGAUGAAGAGGGGAAGGGAGUUUCCGUUGUUCAUACUCCCCCUCCCACGAAACCAAGGCUACGAAUUCUUCAUGCUCCAAUUCUCUGGGCACCAAGUCUUCUUCACCCCCCUUCUCGAAUACAAAACCCACCGCGAAAACGCACGCCCGCACCUCAUCCUCACCCACUACACCGACCUGUCCCCCACCAAGGACGUCGUGCUCAUGGUCGGCGAGCUCGGCGACCCGGACCGCACGGUUUUGACACUCCCCGAGGCGCAGAAUUUGGUGUAUCAGAUGCAGAUGUACUAUGUGACGGGGGGGGAGGAGGUGAGGGGGUUGGUGGAGCGGUUCCAUAGGGAGCCGGAGGGGUUUGAUUAUCAGAGGUUGAUUGCGGCACUUGAGAGUUUGGGGUCGGCUUAGGCAGGCUUUGGUGAGGUUUUUAAGGAGAUGGGAUGGUGGGGCUGCGGGGGGUUCCGCUUCGCUUUUGAGAAGAAGAUGGGCUGGUAGGGUUAUGGUAUGUCGGUCUCCGAUGCGAAGUUGUAUCUAGACAAGGAAGUGUGGCAAACAUUAGAGCUUAGAGAAGCCCGUGAAGGAGUGCUGGCUCGGACAUAGGAAGAUGAAGCGAAGACGGAAGUGUUUUGGAUUGUACAGUAUAAGGUAGGCUGCUCGCAGUACCACCCGUGUACUCGCAGUCAUGCCAAGUUCAGGAGAGAACUUCCAGCAAAACGCCUUCGACGCGACGGGAUGGCCUUCCUGCCCUUCGGACAACGAGAACGCGCCCGUCCCGUCUCCCGUCUUCCCCGCCGACACUCUCUCAGGACAUAGGAACCACACACACUAUUGACCCGCUA